AUGUCGCCAGCAUCGUUAGCUUCGCCUGCGUCCCCCGUGAUGGCAGCGCCAGUAGGGGGAAGCGCGGCGCAAGGUGGGGAAAGCGGUGCGCAAGCGGUAGGGAGAAGCGGCCUAGGGGCAGCGGGAAGCAGUGCGCGAUCAGGGGGGGCAAAUGCGCCGGCGGUAGGGGGAAGCGGCACACGAACCAUAGGAGGAAUCACCGCGCGCGCGGCGGGGGGAGGCGGCGCACGCGCGGUGGUGCGCGUGGUGCGCGCGGACGGGAUGGACGUGGAGGCGCAGCUGCGGCUGGAGGAGAAGCUUCUCAGAAGCGACCCGACAAACAGCAACUGGUUCGUCUUCAAUGCUGACGUGGCAGCGCCGACCAUCGUGAUGGGGAUUUCAGGCAAGCCGCACGAACUGCUUCACACCGAGGCUGUCCUUGAGGCUCGGGUGCCGGUGGUCCGCCGGUUCAGCGGCGGAGGUACGGUGGUGCUGGACUCAGGCUCGGUGCUGACGAGCCUGAUCUGCCGGCGCGCGGCGGUGCCGGACCUGCCACUGUACCCUCGGCCCAUAAUGGAAUGGACGGAGGGGCUGCUGGGGCCGGCCAUGACAAAUGUUCCGGGAUUCGCACUUAGAGAUAAUGACUAUGUGCCCUGCCCCGUGGGCCAACCUCAAUAUACCCCAAUCCCAACCUCCCUGCAUCAUCACUGUGCCACGUCAUCAGACUACGUGGUGGGAGAUCUCAAGGUGGGCGGCAACGCGCAGAGCAUCAUGGGCAGCAGCUUUCUGCACCACACGUCGUUCCUCUGGGACUUCUGCUCGCACCGCAUGGCGCUGCUGCAGCAGCCCUCGCGUGCUCCUGAGUACAGACAGGUGAGUCUGUGGCAUAUCGUUUUAAUAUGGGGCACGCCAGCGGCAAAGACCAUAGUGCUGCCAGCCAAGGCUGGGAAGCAUGCGGCCACGGUGGUGUGGCUGCACGGGCUGGGGGAUACCGGCUAUGGAUGGUCCGAUCUCUGCGAGACAGUUAACCUCCCACAUAUCAAGUGGAUCCUCCCCAGCGCCCCCAUCGCCUCUGUCACGAUCAAUGGCGGCAUGCCAUGCCCCUCAUGGUUCGACCUGUUCGGGCUGGACGCAAGUGCACGGGACGACGUGAAGGGCAUCGAUGCUGCUGCCAGAUAUGUGGCUGGGAUUCUGGAGGAGGAGAAGCGAGCCAACCCAGGUGGGUGCAGUGCGGUGCUGAUAGAUUGA